GCCAGUGAUCAUCGAAAAGGAAAAAGAAAGAAACGUGUCCAACAGAAAAGGCAGCCUCCUUUCAUUUGUCCCACAUUUGUAUCGACGUGGGUACCUUCCCUUUGCCCACUAAUGGAACUCACAACGUAAGAUCCAUCGACAAGUAUCUUGACAGCCAUUAAAAAGUACCACCUUCGCAGCUGUUUCGGGUCUUUACAGUCUACCUUCUGCUUCACGUUGUCAAGUGAACGAUUUCCUGCUCACGUUCCCCAAUUUCUCAUUGUGAAAACUAAUCAGCGGGUACGGUGCAUCAUCGUACAAGGAACCUCGAACAAAAUCUAUCGCAGCCAUGCGAUGCAGAGGACCGAUUUCUCCCUAAUGCGCAUGCCGAAGACUUUGACCCGAGUUCGGACUCCAGCAUGCUCUCGCUGCCCAUUGACGUCCGUCUUGUCAUCGAGGUCAACAAGGUCGACGAAAUCCGAGGCUCAUGUCUUGACCCGACAUCGAUGCUGGGCAGUAAUUUUGGUUUGAGGAAAUGACCAUGUGAAAGAGAGAUAACUAUAUCGUGCUUCCGAUUCUUAUGUUCGCCUCAUGACCUCAUUGUGAAGAUUGCCAGCGAGCCCAGAGACGAUCCUGAUACUCUGAGAAUACCGAAAGUAUACGAACUGGGGAAAUGGACGACUCCACGUGCAAGUUACAAGCUGAUUAUGUAGAAGAGGUGAGUUGUACGUUUGCAGAAGUCCAAUCGUCUAGACUUGAAGACAAACUUGUCACUGAACGUGAAUUUGCAAUUCUAGAAGCAGUUAAAGUGUCGGAGAUCCACUGGGAGUGUCAAAGAGGGUCAGUUUGGAUGAGCUCCGGUGAAAUUACGCGUGGGCCCCGAUCGAAUUCUGUCGAAGGUGAGACCUUCAGUUCUCUACACAGAUCCACCACGUGAUUACAAUGGUCAGAAAUGGCCACUCCAGAAAGCGUCCCUAGGAGUCGAGCUCGACAGAGUCUACGUAGGAAAGAGGGCGUCUCCAAAGAUUUGGCCCGAGUCACAUUGGACUGCUCCAUGGGACUGCUCCAUGGGACUGCCAUGCCUUGACUCAUUGACGGGCACAGGUCGUCGGAGCAAGUUCCAUAUCUCGAGCCAAGUAUAAAGAGCUUCACAGCAGGUCCUUUCAUCACAGCUCUUCGAAAUCUGUACUGAUCAUCUGUGAGGUGGGUUGAGAAAGAAAGAGACUUGAUCUUGUCUUCGGUCACCAAUACGAACUACCAUUUUCCAACCUACAAGCAAGACGUGGUAGACGCUUCUCACGAGUUCGUGCGAGGAAUCGAAAUACAGUUGGCAAAUUUGCAGAACAACACUUCACUGCUAUAUCUCGAUCGGAGUUCUUUUGACAAAGUGAUGAAGAUGGCACCCAACGCUGUAAAAUUCCAGGCCUGCACGGGUCUGUUGCUGGUUGCUAUCGCCAUCUGCUUCAAUGGAGGUGUUGUAGACGCAAGGAGGCAUACCGAACACAAGCAGCUCGAGUUCUACUUGCACGAGCAAUUUGUGAGUGAGCCGGGAUAUCCGGCCACUGAUCUGCUAGCGGCAUCGGCCACGGGCAAUACGUCAACGUACGCAUUCGGAAAUCUGGGAAUCUCAGAGCAGGUCGUCAGGGAAGGGGUGAGCAACACUUCGACCAUCAUCGGCCGAGCCCCAGGAACAUUCCAGCCCAACAUGGAGGAGAGAACCUUCGCUCUGUACAAGCUGAUUACUUUGCAAACACAGGAAUGGAACGGCACGCUCGUCGUCUUCUGCGACUGGCUUUCCGAAGCAGAGUCCAACGAAUGGACCGUCGUCGGAGGAACUGGAACAUUCAGAAUGAUGAGAGGAUAUGCCAUCAACACCAAAGCAGCUGGAGGCGCAGGCACCAAUUCUAUCACAUUCAAGUGGGAAGUUUUCCUCUAUUGAGCACUCUAUCCUGAAGAAGCGACAUGAGCUGUAGAGUGACAUUUAGUAUGCUUCCGGGGGACGCCUGCACCGGCGGAUGAUUAUGAAUUUGCGAUCUACACGUACAGAGUUAAACCUCCCAAUAGUGAUGUACAUUGGCGCUAACGUUUUACGUAAAUUUGAGUGAAACAAUUGAUGAUAAUAUAUAGCAAAGAAUUUUACUGAAACCCAGAUAGAGUAUAUUGUUGAGAUAGAACUUUGAAUAAAGUAUGUCACACACAUUUUUUCUUCUCAUAACUAUGUAUUGUGAGCAUGAUAGGAAUUUUGUCUCCGAAAUUACACUAGAACUGUCAUUAUUGGUAAUAGUGACUUAUUGUUCUUAUUGAACAGAUUUACGAAUUAAAAAUUAAUGGUUCUGGAAUUUUACUUCACUAAUGAGAGUAUGUCAUUUAUAAGAGCUGACACUAUUGGGAAGUUUAACUCUGUAUUAAUUUAUCAUUUGCAAUUCAAAGGUUUUGCUAAAAUUUUC